GCUGUGGCUCCGGGCACAUACGAGACAGGGGGCAGCUGGCCACCGCGCACACAUGCCCAAAGAGGGUGUGCUGUUCGACAGGGUGACAGUUUUUGGCCCGGCAGCACGACACCGAGCAGUCGGAAUGGCGAUGUCGAAAGACUUCAACAUCCACCGGCUCGGUGGGCAGCGGAUUUGCAAGGGAUUGGGACUCGUCUGGGCUGAGGCCGCCAAUUUCUGCCUCGGUGUGCUGGAAGCAGAGGUUGCGCCGGCGGAGUUACUCGAGGUCGCUGUGCUUCAGGAAAGAAUGGGCGACGCAGUUGAAAGGGCGAGGACUGUGGCAGCUUCUUAUGCAGAGGACCCCGACGAAGUGGAGCGACGGGAGGCUGCCGGCACGGGCAGCGCGUUAACCGGGAAGCAAAUACAGGACCGCUUUGCGAGUGCUGUGAAGGAUGAGAUCAUUGGUCAGUUGGUCACAUUUCUUCACGGAAAGCUGGAGAACAAGAUUGUUAACUAAAGUAACGAGCUGAGCUAGCGUAGAAAAAUCUCACUCAGAAACAGCUGCCGCGAAUACUAGCGCAAGGUGAUAAAUUUUAAAGGUCGCGAGAGAAAAGCAAAAACGUCAAAGAGCAUGGCGAGCCC